GCUCUGCGCUGCGGACACGGUGCAGCUGAGCUCCGGGUUGUUUCCACUGAUCCGGGAGCGGAGACCGUCUCGUUCACCGUCAACGCGUCGAGGGGGGGAGGCGGACAUGGAGCCCACGGUCGCGGGAGACGUCAAAGUGCCGGUGCUGCACAUCGUGGUGGUGGGGUUCCACCACAAGAGAGGCUGUCAGGUGGAGUUCUCGUACCCUCCUCUGCUGCCGGACGAGGGUCACGACAGUAACCUGACGCCCGAGGAGUGGAGGUACCUGCCGUUCCUCGCUCUGCCUGACGGGGCGCACAACUACCAGGAAGACACUGUGUAUUUCCACCUGCCGCCGCUGUCUGGAGACAUGAAGUGUGUGUACGGGGUUUCCUGUUAUCGUCAAAUAGAAGCAAAGGCCCUGAAGGUGCGGCAGGCGGACGUCACCAGAGAGACGGUUCAGAAGAGCGUGUGCGUCCUCAGUCGAGUGCCGCUCUACGGCCUCCUCCAGGCGAAGCUGCAGCUCAUCACUCACGCCUACUUCGAGGAGAAAGACUUCUCACAGAUCUCCAUUCUGCAGGAACUCUAUGAACACAUGAACGGCUCCUUGAGGGGCUCGACUCUGGAGGGCUCGCAGGUUUAUUUAGGGUUAUCGCCCAGAGAUCUGAUCCUGCACUUUCAACACAAGGCUGUGAUCCUCUUCAAACUCAUUUUGCUGGAGAAGAAGGUUCUGUUCUACGUGUCUCCGGUCAACAGACUCGUUGGAGCUCUCAUGACGGUUUUAUCGCUGUUUCCAGGGAUGAUCGAGCACGGCCUGGUGGACUCGUCCCACUACAAACCCCGGAGCAGCGUCUCGGAGGACCUGAGCCUGGUGGACAGCUUCUCCGGAGCCGAGGAGUUCGUCUCCGUGUCCGUCACCGACAUCGCCAGCGCGGCCCUGGAGCUGGUGGGGGAGGACGCCGGCCAGCGAGCCCCCGAGUCUCUGUCCUCCGGGACCAGCACAGAGGGGGACAACCAGCUCCUCAAGCCCCCGUCACACACCUCGCCCGACUCCUCGGAGAGCGACUGGGAGACCCUGGACCCGAGCGUGUUAGAGGAGGCUGGCGCCAAAGAGGCCACUGAGGGGAAGGAGACGGGGUCAGAGCUGACAGACGCAUUCGACUCCCACCCGGGGACGCCCAUCACGGUGCAGCCGCAGGCGGUCACCGGGCAGGGGGGGGUCACCCAGGGCCUGGUGUCCGGUCUGGAGGAGGAUCAGUACGGCCUGCCGCUCGCCGUCUUCACCAAGGGCUACCUGUGUCUGCCCUACAUGGCGCUGCAGCAGCACCACCUCCUGUCAGACGUCACGGUGCGGGGGUUUGUAGCCGGGGCCACCAACAUCCUCUUCCGCCAGCAGAGGCACCUGAGUGACGCCAUCGUGGACGUGGAGGAAGCUCGGAUCCACAUCCAGGACCCGGAGCUCCGGAAGGUCCUGAGUCUGACCACGGCCGACCUGCGCUUCGCCGACUACCUCGUGAAGCACGUGACGGAGAACCGGGACGACGUCUUCCUGGACGGGACCGGCUGGGAGGGCGGGGACGAGUGGAUCCGAGCCCAGUUCACACUCUACCUGCACUCACUACUGUCGUCUGCAAUACAGCAAGACAACGAGCGGCUGCUGGCGGAUUACGGAGCUCCCUUCGUGGCAGCGUGGAAGAUCAGCCACAACUACCGGGUGUGGUACAGCAACAAGCACCCGGCCAUGACCGCCAUCCCCCCCGGUCACCCGUUCCAGGGUCAGUACAGCGUCACGGACAUGAAGCUGCGACUCUCACACUCGGUGCAGAACAGCGAGCGAGGGAAGAAGAUCGGGAACGCCAUGAUGACCACCAGCCGCAGCGUGGUGCAGACAGGGAAGGCCGUGGGUCAGUCAGUGGGCGGAGCUUUGACCAGCGCCAAGUCGGCCAUGUCCUCCUGGUUCUCCACUCUGGCCCCCCCCGCAGCUGUCACGCCCCCGGCCUCUCCUGAAGCCGCCGUGGAGGUGGAGCCGUGAAGACCCGCCCCCUCAGUGACUGUGUCCCCCCCCCCGUCGUCCUCUGUCCUUCUGGCUCCUGAGACGCUGGAGGGUCUUCGGUCUGAGAGCUGGUUCCAUGAAGGACGAGAGAAACCCUCUGAUUGGAUGUUCUGGGCUUUUCCCUUCGUAUUCACCAGAUACGACUCUGGACAUGAAGGCGUCACUGCCACUACACAAACUGUACAGUCCACAUCCACUGUGAGGUAGAGCCCCCCCCCCCCCCCCCCCCCCCCCCCCCCCAGCUUCCGACCAAAAACCAGAGGUUCCAGCUGUUUGCCUCACGUCGACCUCGUGUGUCUCAGCUGAACCAGCUCCUGACACUAAACAGGUUGUUGUCGGGUUUUUGUGUUUUUCGCUCUUUGCUGCUUUUUUUCUCAAGAGUUUGUUUCUAUCGUCGUGUUCACGUGAAUCCGAGUCCCGGGAUUUGAGCUGAAGAUUUUAAAAGUUUAGAUUUUACAGUCUGACGUCGCUGUAAUAACAUUCUGCUUGUUUCUGCAACACGUGUCAGGUGUAAAUAUACAGGGAAACACAAUUAUUAUUAUUAUUUUACUGAGGUGACAGUUAAAAUAAUAAAAUAAAUAAGUAACAAAGUCGAACUCUAAAAUGAUUAUACGAGUGAAAACAGUAAUAUUAUUGGUACAUUGUUUUAGUAAAACAAUUUUCCCUGAUUCUCAAAUCUCAACAUAACUGGUGAUUUAUUUGAAAUUAUUAUAAAUAUUAAAUUCCCAGGUUGGAUAAAGUGUUUCUGAAGACAACAUAGAAACACAUUGUUAACUUUCUUAAGUUUGCCAAUUACAGAGAUAGGAAAAUGAAUCAUGUUAAAAAAUAAAAUCAGCCUGUGGUAAAUACUAAAUUUAAAUAAAUUAGGUUUUAAUUAUUUCAAAUGAUUGUUGCUCAUCCCCCAAAAAUCCAAACUAAGAAAAUACUUUUUGCCUUAUUUGUUUUUACAAUAUUGUGUAUCAAUGUACUUCAAUGUAUUUUCUCCAGAUUACAGAUAAUAAUCAGAUUUCUCACAUCAGGAAACAAAGUUUGGCCUUUUUCUUUAAAUUAACUUAUCAUUCAAAUAAAUACUUCCUGUUCUCACACAAACACAAACAAAUAUUAUAUUUUAACGACACGAUCUGAACGUUGUUAUUGAAACAAUCCGAUGUUAUCUGGUGAAUCCUCGUGAACCCGACGCUCCAGUUGUUCCCUGAUGAACGUGAUGAAUUAUCCCUCGUUAACUAUGAAGGAACCCGGCUGUUCACCCUUUUCUACUGUACCCUCACGUUAUAUACAUAUCUAUCUAUAUAGAUAUAUAUUGGGAGAACUAUAUUGAGUAAAUUUGCAGAUAGUAAAAACGUAUUUAUUUGUCAUGUAUGAACGUAUCUCAUGAAUAUUCCAUGUUCUGUCAGGACAACACUGGAACGCGUCCCGACUGGGGACCCCUGUGUGUACUUGCACAACGCAACCGUUCAUUGUGUUGCUGUGAAUCCUGUAGAAGUGUAACUGCCGACACUCGGUUGUGUUGAUGUGUCGUGGUCCAGCGAGCAUGUGUCACCGCUGUGAUCUGUGUCAUCCUGCUUCUCUGAGAAAUGUUUUUAAAGAUCGAUCACUUCACUUUCUUUUCUCUUCACACUUUUAAGAAUCUUCUUCGGCCGCUGACUCGUUUCUGGAAUUUGAUUCCUGGUUUAAGUUUUGAGAAAAUUAUCCGGGUUUUUGUUUUUGUUUUUGUUUUUUUUUACCCUCUGAUGAUAUAUUUUUCUUUUUGUAUUUAAAAAAAAAGAUUCGAAUGUAAUGUGAACUCAGAUUCACAUAAUAUUUUUCUUGACAGAUGCUUUUAAUGUAUUUGGGAAAGAAAGUGAAACUAUAUUAUAUUGCUGUAUUAAAAAGAAUAAUUAAAGAACCGCAGCCUUUUA